ACGGCGGUGCCUUAUCCUGUUAUCCAACAAACACCAUUCAUAUUCAUGGACGAGAUUGGUGCGGGGAGUCGGAGCCGACCCGUGCGCCGCCGCUGCCGCCGUCAUGGGUUUCCCCACCCCCUUCCUGCAGCUGAAGCCGAAGCUAAUUGCGCUGGAGCCUCCGGUCGGAGGAUAUCCGCGGUCGAGGAGGCACAUGCGGCGCCUGCGCUGCGCCCUCAACUCUGAGAAUCCUCCCAUGACUGUUUCCAUCACUGGAGCCACAGGUUUCAUCGGACGCAGAUUGGUUCAGAAGCUUCUAUUGGAUGAUCACAAGGUUUUCGUCUUAACAAGGUCUGCCACCAAGGCCGCAUCAGUUUUUCCUGCUUCCACCUACCCUGGAGUCACAAUAGCCGAACAAGGAGAUUGGGAGGCAUGCGUUAGAGGCUCUUCUGCUGUUGUCAACUUGGCCGGCAUGCCCAUAAGCACAAGAUGGUCACCAGAGGUUAAACAGGAAAUUAAGCGGAGUCGGGUCAAUGUUACAUCAAAGGUGGUGAAAUACAUAAACCAUGCUGGAAAUGCUGAUGCUCAACCCUCAGUGUUUGUGAGUGCGACAGCCAUUGGCUACUAUGGUACCAGCGAAAUCCAUAGCUUUGAUGAAUCAAGUCCAUCCGGCAAUGACUACCUAGCAGAGGUGUGCAGGGAAUGGGAGGCCACAGCACGUCAAGUAAACCAGCAGGAUGUUAGACUUGUGCUUCUCCGGAUUGGGGUUGUUCUUGGCAAGGACGGUGGUGCUCUAGCAAAGAUGAUCCCUCUUUUUAUGAUGUUUGCCGGUGGUCCUCUUGGUACGGGACGCCAAUGGUUUUCUUGGAUUCAUAUAGACGACCUGGUGAACCUCAUCUACGAAUCUCUAAUUAACCCUUCGUACAAAGGUGUAAUCAACGGAACGGCACCGAACCCUGUGCGUUUGUCGGAGCUGUGCCAACAGCUGGGGCGAGUCGUCGGGCGGCCCUCGUGGUUGCCAGUUCCGGAAUUCGCGCUUAAAGCGGUUCUUGGUGAAGGGGCUUCUGUGGUGUUGGAAGGACAAAAGGUUCUCCCGGUGAAGGCCAAGGAUCUGGGCUUCUCCUACAGAUACCCCUAUGUGGAAGACGCUCUCAAGGCCAUUGCCCAAGACAUACCAACUCGUCUGACUACAAGAAAGUAGCUAGGGCCUUUGCCACCACAUACAUGCACUGAGCUUGGCUAUAUCCUAAGUGCCACACAUGCAACAAGAUCCAGGCCUUGGGCGGUUUGCAUAUGUUGUAUAAUACCUGAAUUUGGUCAUGGGUAACAUGAAACCUGCUAUGUUUUUUCUUUUAUAAAGCACCAGUGGAGAUGUAGGCACGUAUUUAAUUGUCCUUCCAUCAAGCAAUGAUGUUA